UACAGAGUUAGGUUAGAACCAGUUUUUGUUAGUAAUCUACCUUUGAUUUUAUGAUACAUAAUUAUUGAUUUUCUUUGGUGAUAAAACACGAUUUAAAAUUUUGGCAUUAUAAAGAUUAAAUUGUGGUAAAUGACACCUAUGCAGUAUACAAAAUACUGACAGCUGUUGCUCUGUUUUGAGAAUAUUUUAAGUACAGAUUUGUGUUACAUUAUUAAAUGAAAAAUGGUACGAAGUGCGAUUGCAGAUGAUCAUUUAUUAACCUAUUUAACCGAUAUAACCAGGCAAAACAUUUGUGUAGGUUUAAUUUUGGGGCAGUCUUGUUUGAGUAAAGAUUAUGUUAUACAUUUUGCAAAAACACCUCUUUAUCAGUCAGAGGAACAAAAGAAGGAAGGCUUACCGGCCAAACAAAUAAAGAACAUUUCAGAAGUGAAUGAGAAAUGGGUGGCCGAUCAUGCUGGUCAUGCUACUAGAAUGUUACCCGGUGGAAUGUAUGUUUUGGGAAUAUUCGUUGUAUCCCCUGAGGACUUACUAAGUCAAUUUAAUCCUAAAAUUAAGGGCAUAUUAACGACAAUCCAUAAACAAUUAGAAGGCAUUUCUUACUUAUAUGGAAAUGAAAACACUGAAAAACUUGUUUUAAAUUAUUGCAUGAAAACUGAAAAAUAUCUUGCAAAAUCUUAUGAUGUUAAUACGUUACGUGUUCAACCGGUGGAUUUUAAAUUUUUGCCGAAAGCUACCAAAUGGAUUAAUGUGGAAUGUAGUUAUGUGAUCGAUCAGAUAUAUUAUUUAAAGACAAAUGAAGCAGACUGGCCACUACAAAAACAUAUAAAGGGGGUUUUGGAGGACAUUGAUGAGAAUCUCCAAAAUUCCAUUUUCUUAUUUGACGGGGAGUCCAAGGAAGGAGAAGAGAGUUUAGAAAGUAUUGGUAAAAAGAAGAAGGCUCCACGCUCUACGUCUAGCAAAAGCCAAUCUGAUUCACAAGAUACAAAGUCGAUGAAAGUUUCUAUUUUUCAAUCUUGUAGUUCAGACCCAUCUAAGGGUGAUUCACUUGGAGUAUUUCAAAGUGCAAGUCAGCUCAGAAUCGUUGGCCAGGUAGCUUGUGAGCUGUGGUUGCAACCUAAAAUAUCAAUUAACGAUGCGUCCAAUGCUGUCAAACAAGAUAUUAUGCGCAGCUUGUCCACUAGGUUGGAAAUGCAUUGGGAUUCUCUGACGGAAGAAGAGAAUUCAGAAGAUAUAAACUGUGUUCAUGAACCUCCAAGAAGAGUGCUAGUUACACUCCCUCACAGCAAAAUAACACUCUCUGAUUACCUCUUCCCCGGAGAAGGGGCCCAAGAUGCCAAAAUAUCUUUGGAAGAGUUGCUAGAUGUAAAAAUUGAUGGGAAGUUGAAAAUCAAAGAUGUGGAAGGUCAAGCAGAUAUCUCUGAAUACUACAGUAGCGGCUUGGAAAGUGAUAGUGACGAAGUUCUUCCAAAGUUGCCCACAGACACAAAUAAGUUUAUGUACAUUGUUGGUUUAGGUGUUGCUUUACUUGUGUUAAUUCUUUCGCUUUUGAUACACUUUUAUAAAUAAUGUAGUUUUCAGUAUAUUUGGUUUUAAAGUUUUUAUUUUAUAUAACUGCUUACUGCUUAUCUAUGGAA